UGCAAAUCACUGCAACCGGCAGCAGCAGGAGAAAGGCGAAGCAGCUGCAGCCCGGGCUCCCCAGCAGCGCGCAACAGCCAGGGGAGGCGUAACAAAGGCACAUAGCCGCUUUCUGCGGCAACUACUGCGACUACAGCCGGGUGGUCGUGGGGGGGAGGGCGGGAGCCGCCGCUCUUUGGCCGCUUCUCAUUCCGAGCCACCGCCUUCCCUCCGCGCCCAUUCGGCGGGUCUGACUGAGGAGGUGGYCGCCAGGCUGCGGAGAGCAGGUUGAACUUCAAGAUGUCCCUUGGGAGAGACAUGGAGCUGGAGCAUUUUGAUGAGCGUGAUAAAGCGCARCGAUACGGCAGAGGGUCCCGGGUGAAUGGUUUGCCCAGCCCUACUCACAGUGCCCACUGCAGCUUUUACCGAACCCGUACUCUACAGACCCUGAGUUCUGARAAGAAAGCCAAGAAAGUUCGUUUCUAUCGUAAUGGAGACCGGUAUUUCAAAGGGAUUGUAUAUGCCAUCUCCCCUGACCGCUUUAGGUCCUUUGAGGCUCUCCUGGCUGAUCUGACCCGAACUCUGUCUGAUAAUGUGAACCUGCCCCAGGGAGUGAGAACAAUCUACACAAUUGAUGGCUCCAAGAAGAUUUCCUCCUUGGACCAGCUAGUAGAAGGGGAAAGCUAUGUGUGUGGUUCCAUAGAACCCUUCAAGAAACUGGAGUACACAAAGAAUGUAAACCCAAACUGGUCAGUGAAUGUUAAGACAUCUUCUACUUCUCGUUCAGUGCCAUCUCUUGCCACUGCUAAAGGAGGUACUCCAGAUACAAAAGAGAAUAAGGAUUUCAUUAGGCCCAAACUGGUCACUAUCAUCAGGAGUGGAGUGAAGCCGCGGAAAGCAGUCCGGAUUCUGCUCAAUAAGAAGACAGCGCAUUCGUUUGAACAGGUUCUUACUGACAUAACUGAUGCCAUCAAGCUGGAUUCGGGGGUGGUUAAACGCUUGUACACAUUAGAUGGAAAACAGGUCAUGUGCCUUCAGGAUUUUUUUGGUGAUGAUGACAUUUUUAUUGCAUGUGGACCAGAAAAGUUCCGUUACCAGGAUGAUUUCUUGCUGGAUGAAAGUGAAUGUCGGGUGGUGAAAUCUACUUCCUAUACCAAAAUAGCUUCGAGUUCACGCAGGAGCACCACCAAGAGCCCAGGCCCGUCCCGACGCAGCAAGUCUCCUGCUUCUACUAGCUCAGUGAAUGGAACCCCUGGUAGCCAGCUUUCUACUCCCCGCUCUGGGAAGUCUCCAAGCCCAUCUCCCACCAGCCCAGGAAGCCUACGGAAACAGAGGGACCUGUAUCGCCCACUGUCUUCGGAUGAUAUGGAUUCAGUAGGAGACUCAGUGUAACAGAGAAAAUGGAACAAUGUUUAUGGUUUGUGAUUUGAUGAAGGUUUAGCAUUUUUAAAGAAAAUAGCUGCUAAUUUAGUCAUAGUGAAUCGCACAAAAGAGUUUUGCAUAUUUAAUAUUAACAACAUGGGGCCAAAUUAAUUCUAGUGUGUGGGGGUAAUUUUAGGCUUUACCACUGCAUUUUAAUGCAAAAAUUUGUAGUGAAUGAGCCAUUCAAUAUGUCCAUCAAAUCCAGAACAGCAUUGUGCAUGCUUUAAGGCACAAAGAUUGAAGAAAGUGAAUAUAACACACAAAUCCAUAAUGGGCACAUUUAUGAAUACCACUAUUUUUAUCAUCCGAGGUACUGAUUAUAUGUUCUGUUUUUGCCAUAUGUAUCUUUAUUCGUUUUGGUAUGAACAGUUAAUGAGUACUUUGCUUUUACCAACGAAUAGGUAAAAUGCAGAGAAGAAAAUACCUGCCAUAUUAAACUACUUGCACCAUACUGGCUGAUCCCAAAGCACACACUUGGAACACUCUGAGUUUAGUCUUUUUAUCUAAAUGAAAAGGAAGUGAAGAAAUCCUGUGUAGUCACAGGACAAAAGGAAAUUCUUUCAAAGCAAUAUUCAAAUUGUCUUCACUUCAUUGUCAUCUGAUGACUGUAAACAGAAGGUUGUUCACAGGCAAUAUGAAUGUUUUACCUGGCAAGAGCUGUUAAUGCUCAUCAUCCAUGUGUUGCAAGUAAAUAUGGACAGAUUUCUGACCCAGGAAAUAUGAGGCCCUGCUGGCUAGAGGUAUGUGUCUGACAUACAUAUGAUGACACCUUUUGAAAAAAUAUAUUUUUGCCUGAAAAAGUAGUUUAUUAUGUUCACUUUUGUUACAWUAACAGCAACAUCAUUUUUUAUCUGCUAUAAGAAGAAAUUUUGUGCAUUUUAAAAAGAAAGCCUCCAGAAAUGGUGAUACUGUAAAUCAUCCUCCUAUUGACCUAAUUUUUCUGGUUUUGCAGUAUCUAGAGGUGCUCUUUUUGUACAACAUGAAUAUGCAAAACUCCUUUAGCGUUAAAGUAGGUCGCGCAUUAUAACCGCUUGCUUAACAAAUAUCUACUAAUUUUUGUUUGUUUCUGCUGCUUUAUUGUGAUAAUCUUAGCCUACUUAAUUUACAUAAUAGCAAUAUUUCCUUUUAUAUGUUGUAUUUAAGCCCAUUUGUAGUGAUCACACACUUUUGCAGUCUUAUACCUAUCCUUUCAUUUUUUCAAAUACUAAUGAUUUAAGAAUUAGAAAUCAGUGUGUUUCUGAUUCUCAACAAAAAUCUAUAGAGGUUAUAUUUUUUGAGCUACUUAGUGAUGAUUUAAUAUAUUUUGAAAUCAUAAAAAUUUACUUAAUUACAGAAAAGGUUUCGCUGCCACAUGCCAACUUUUAAAUCUAAUGAAAUAAUUCCUUUAGACUUAUUUGUCCAUAAUAAAAUUCAGCAAAUGGAAAAUGUUGGCAUGUGAUGUUAUGGCUUCACUGUAUCAACAUAAUUUUCUUUACAGAGGAUAUUUGCAAAAAGAAAUACAAGGGCAGCAGAAUACAAAACUUACCUUCUCUGUUUSCAGUAUUUGGUUCCAGUAUCACCUGGAGAGAAAGUCAUUGAUCUGGCAGGUUUGCUGAAGCAGUCAAGUCAUUUGCUUUUCAAAUGCAUGUUUUUGCCAUUCCUGCUUCAGUCUUCAAUCUAAAAGUGUUCCCAGCUAUAAGGACAGUCCAUCCCUCAGCCCAUUCUCUAAUCCUAAGGCUGCCCUGCUCUGUUGAAAAAGUUCACAGCUGUGAAGUUACUUGCAUUUUCAGCUGUUAUGAGGGAAUGUCUUUGCAAGAUGAGAAAUGCAUAUUGUAUAAAGGUGCAUUGGGAUCAGUUUCCAAAAAUUCAGGGAACUCAACCAGAUUGAACGAAAUACUUACUGACAUUUUGAAAAUUGUUUUUUCCUGUAAAGAAAAUAAAAUCCAGGAAUUUUGUUUUUCCUUCCCUCUCCCAUAUAGGCCACUGCUGCUUAAAGCAGUUUAUUAAGAAUGUUUAUWCUGCGCAGGGAGCACAGAUUGCCAGCAAACCUGAAUCCCAUGGCUUUGCUUAGCUGUGGAAAAGAAAAAAUGGACCUUAUAUCAGUAAUUGUUAUCAUAGCGAGUUCUCCAUCAAGACUGUUUUAAAAAAGAAUAUGCUAGUCCAUAACAUUUAAUCAUUUCAACAUAUGACUUGUAUUAAGGGGCUAUGCAGGGGCAAAACAUAUCAUUAAUAUUACAUUUAAGGAAUGAAAGUCCCUUAGAGAUUAAAAAGGUACACUGUUUAUAGACUUUGAUAUCCUUUUUUGUGUGGAAUGUAAUUCCCAUUAUACAUGAGCAGAAAUGAAAUGUUUCUUUUGAGCAAGACCAGAAGGUUUCAGUUUAUGGGUGAAACUGAAAUUGUGUUCUUUGAUGCUAUAGUUCUGCUUACAACAGCACAGGUUUUAAUUUGUCCCUAGAUUUCAUCAACUGCAUUAAAUAAUGGAAUAGCUUAAGCAACUUUAUAGUGUUUGAACCUCUGCUAUUUCUCUGUAUGCUGCAUUAUUUGUGCCUACUCUGAGGUGAUUAUGAUGUAGCUAAAGAGUUGUAUAGAUUGUGAAAGCUUUGCUUCCCUUUGAGCUUUAUAAAUACUUGUGAUUAUUUCCCUAAUGCUUUCUGCAACUUUUUGUUUUGUUUUUUUAAAAACUCUAUUCUUCUUUUGUGUAACAAGCAAUUCUCAUGUGAAGCACAGAACGUGCAUGUUUGUAUUUAUACGCACACGUACACAUACAUAGGUUUGGAACGGCUUUGGAAUCCAUGCACUGUUAUGUCACCUUUGUGACUUCAAAGAAGUGGGGAAAAUGUUUUAACAGGAGGAUGUUUUAACAGUGUCCUGUGGGAGUCACUACAGCUCUGUUAAAGUCAGUGGAGUUGCACCAACCAGUACUUGCWGAGCAGCUACCCCAAGGAAUUUUGUACAAUUUUUUAAGAGAUCACAUCUACAAACAAGGGCUAAGUUCAAACUGACCAGAAGUUAAUGGCAAACCCACUGUUUACACCAAGGUGGGAAGCAUAGAACCUUUUGYACAAAUACAUGCACACAGACAGAGCAUUAAUCCUAAAUUUGAAAUUUGAAAAUUUGAAAUGGUAUUUUUUUAUAUAUUCAGUCUUAUGCCUCCUUUUGAGUUACACUGCUCUGCAGUGCAUUAGGUCAUGAAAAAAWUAGGAGUUCUUUUGCUGGAAUCAAUAAAAUCUGUAACAUUCAAUAUGCAAUGUGAAAAUUGUUUUCCAAUUUUUAAAAUAAUUCAGCGACUGCACAUCAUAUUUAGUUAUUUUUCUCUUCAAAUCAUUUUCACUGGGCAUAUUUGGCUGGAAAAUGAAAAUUCUGGGGCAUUAAUACUGUGACUAAAAAUGCAUAUUAUAAGAAAGUUUAUAUAAUGUUCAACAGCCUAUAAGAACAAGUGAAUUGAGAUUGUGUGGAGUAAAAAUUGAGAUAAAUAAUAGUGUUUUAUUCUGCAAUUUCAAAAUACCCACUGCAGUGUGAAUUUUAUAGAGUGCUUAUAUUACAAAAAUUAUACUUUGAAUGUAAAAUGAAUUAGCAAUGAUGCAGAAAAGAAUCUCUGAUCAAUUCAAGUUUACAGUUUCUGUCAAAAAUAGUAGACAUAUGAACAGACAGAAAAUCUUUAUGGUGCUAAGUUACCUGAUCACUUGAUGAAUGCAUAGGUUAAUGUUGUCUGUGCUUUUUCUUGCAUUCAGUUAAUGGUGUGCAACCAAAUACAAGGUUGGUUCUUAUUCCAUCUUCACUUUCAGUUCUAUCUGCUAGUGAUGAGAUCUUAUAACUACGAGAGAUGGAAAGUAACCUUACGAAGUGCAGCCAGCAAUACCUUAAYGGGCAGAGCAAAGCAAGCAAGUGAUUUUCACCCUCUUUGGAAAUGGGUGUGCUUACCCCAGGAAAGUCCCUUCACCCAGAAAGUGAGGUGACCCAGAUGUGCUGAGCGGAGCAGGCAGGGGCUGUUGUGAGCUGUGUUUGCUGCCCCAGCGCAUUUUGGCCGGCUCCAUUGGCCUCUCUGCACCUGGCGGCUGCUCCCCGGCUGGCUGAGCACCCCAAGUCCCUGCGGUGGGUCCGUAGUGAUCCCUGUGUUGUGUCACGCCCCAUCAGCGCAGGGCUGAGCACACUCAUGGUGUACACACACACGUGCUCAUUUCAGUGUCUGUGGUUGCACAUGGUGAAUAUACUCGAAUUUGCUUAAAUGAACCCUCAGCAGUAAAGUACAAAGAAAGCUGUGCUGUAUUCAGCAUGUUCUUGUUGUCUGAUGUUAUAUGGGGUAAUUAGGUUGUGGUUUGCCCUGCAAUACAAUGUUUUGGAAUUUGGACUCUAGUGAAAGAGGAGCUAACAAUGUUUGUGCUAAGGCCUCUUCGUUUUCUUAGUUGCACUAUGAUAUUGUAAAUAUUGGCACAUCUACAGCAUAAGUUUAAGAUUUUACAAAGUUAUGCGUACAAUUAUUUUUUUUAAUGAAAAGUGCUCUGAUAUGUGCUUUUAAAAAUAUACCAUUUUUGUAUUCRUGUGAUGCAGGAAACCAAAAAAACAUAGCUGUUGAUUUAUCAGCAAAAAAUGCAAAACUCGCAAAAUAAAUGCCGAUGAAUGUUUUAUUUCUUAUAAUCAGCUGAAGAAAAUCACCUUCAUUUUUGUGCCAUUGUUUCAUCAUACUGUAUUGUACUUGUGUUUCAUAUUUGACCAUGUCGUCCUGGUUGCAAAUUUGUUAUUUUGCUAGAUUUAACAUUAAUGUAGAUUACUGUGAUGUAAUAAAUAUCUA